AUGAAUGGACAUUUUUUUCAUGUGAAACGAACUCGAAUUAAAGAUACUAUUGACACACAACAAAAUGAUGAAUUAAAUGAAGUUAACCAACUAAAAUUUCAAAUUCAAGAAGCAGAGAAAGAGAUAGAAUUUAAAAAUCAACUAUUUACUCAAAAAUUUGAAACAAUAAAUAAAUUAAUCAGAGAAAAAGAGGCAAAUCUACAAAACCUUCAACUUAAUUCUCUUCAAAGAGCUGAUAACGAAUUAUUAAAUAAUAAUAAACGAAUAAAAGAAAUUUUAGAAGACACGCAAACUAUUACACAAAGUACACGUGAAAUACACGAUACUAUCGAUAGAAAUAUCAGAAUUUACCAAAAAUAUCUCGAUGAUUCUCAAUAUUUGAUGAAAAUUUUACCAAAUGAGACAGAAUCAGUUUAUGAUUUUGCAGUAAAAAUGCUUUAUUUUAAAUUUUCUCGUACUGCUGAGCAAAAAGAAGAAGAAUUAAAUGAAAUUCAAUUUGAGAUCUCUGAUUUGGAGGAUGAGAAACAAGCAGUAACAGGAAUAAUCAGCCAACUUAGUUCAGAAAAUUCAGAAUUUGAAAAUGAAAUUGCUCAAUUAAAAGUACAAAUCACACAAUUCCAAAAUUCUAUUGCAUCUGAUAAAGCAACACAAGAUCAACUAAAAGCAUCUAAUGCACAACCGCUCAUGGAACUCAAGCGGCAGAUUUCUCUUAUCAGAAAAGAGAAUAAAAAGAAUUUGAAAGAUGAAGACAAAAAAAACUAUAAAAUUUAUCAGGAUGUUAAGAAGGAAUCAGAAUCAAAUAGAAAGAAUCUAAAUACUAUUAGAGCGCAAAGACAAAAACUUCAAAAUCAGAUAGACAAAUUAAAUCAAGACAUAAACAAUGAACGAACGGCAAGAAUCAACCAGCUCAAACUUUCCUCGCUGAAUAUUUUUUAA